CUAUUAGGCAUUUUUGUCACUGUAGUUUCGAACCUAGAAAUAAAUAUUCUCCUUCAUUGGCAACGUAUUAUCAUCUACGAAACAACAAAAUGUAUUCUCUGCAUUUUACUUUGGACUAUUUCGAAAACGAAAAUAAUUCAAUAUAUUUACUGCAGAAUCAAGGAAUAAUUAUUUUAAAAAUUCACAUAAACAUUUCUCAGAAUAUUCAAAGCAUGUUCUGGCUUAUAAAUGUAUAUACGGAAUCUUCUCUAAAUAUUCCAAAUAUCUAGGGUAUAUUUAAAGAUUUAAAGAAUAGUCAUAGGUACAAUGAUGUUAUCUGGGCAGUGCGCUCCUUUUUUCGCCUAGAAUAAUUCUUGUAAUUCUAUAGAUAUUGCGAUGACCGAGAUUGCUUUUGUUUACCCUAGCAAACGCGUAAGGGCAUUUCGUGAUAGCUUAAUUAAGAAUAAUUAAUAAUAUCUAAUAAUAUUCUUUCACUUUAAAGAUUCAUUUACAAUGCUCAUGAUUCUUCCACAUCGACGUCUUUUUUUUUUUAAUUUUCGAUAUUAAGAUGGAAAUUUUCCUAAUAUUAGAAGAGACAAUCAGUUUGGCACCAUCAUUGUUUAGGGAAUUAGUUCUUCAAAAUUUUAUUGGGCUUUCCUUAUCUAGCACUUCAGUUCUCCACUAAUGAUUAUUGCCGUUGGCCAUUCCUGCAUUUUGGACAAUAUACCGAAGGUUAUUAGAAUCGUCCAAGCAUUGUUCCAAGAAUUGUUCUAAAUUUAUUACGAAAUAACUCGUUUUAAAAGUCUCAAGGGUUAUAUACCUUUUAGUAUAUUUUUCUUGUUUCUAAAUUUGUCGAUAAACAGUGCGGAAUUCCGUGGCCUGCAUGGAAUAUUUUUGCAUGCCGUGAUAUCUCUCCCGAUAACGGUUUGGGCAUUUUUCUCACACACAAAUGGUGGGACGAUGAAGUAUGGGAAGAAUCCUUUACGCGAGUGUUACCUAUUGUUGUAUCGAAAAGUGAUAAGAAUGCUUCUAGAAUUGCAUGCAGUUGAAUGUGGCACUGGGGUAAAUCGACUUGUAUCAUCUCAAAGUAUUCACGCGUAUACGAAAAUAGGUACGUAUUUAUCUAUCCGGUACGCAAAAAUGUACGUUAUAGACAUACGUUUAUAUACCUAUUCGUGGACUGGGGAAUUUAAAGGACAAUCCGUAAAAACGAUUUUCAAAUUCAUUCGUUCGUUUCCGUAAUUAGGGUUGGAAUUAAAUCUCACAUUAGUCUCAAGACUAGAUUGUAAUAUUCGAAGCAUCCGAUAGGUGUCUUCGUAAAAAGAAAUCACUUUGCCUCUUCCGUUAAGUUUAAUGCUGUUUUAUGUAAAGACAAAAACACCAUACGAUGCAAACGGUAAAUUAUACAUCGUAGAUGACGAUUCUUCGAGACACGUUAUUAUAGCGAAUUUUGUAAAUGACCUAUCCAACCCCUCCGCGGGCGAUUGUUGCGUCUGUUGCCAGCCUAUCUCUUAUCUCUCGGUAAUUCCUCCUCAAGGCUUCCUAGAGCAUCUUUGCUCGGUGCUCAUUGGGUCGCAGACAGGGGGCACUCGUCCGCCCGGGUCGCGAAAAGCAUCCAAAGCGUACGAAGUUUGCCCUACACCUACAUACUCGCGGUCAUUCAAGAAGCCGGGCACAGGUUGUUUCACUUUCUCCCGCUGCUCCGCCGACUCUCCUUCUCGGCUUCAUCUACGUCUCAAUUAUGGUCUCUCUCGUCUUCUCUUUCUCCGGGAGACGCGCGGCUUUCCGGUCUCCGUCCCACCUCGGGAGAGCGCAUCGCGUCCUCUCCUUCUCGUUCGGCACCUCGCUGGGGCCCGUCUCUCUCGCUCUCCCCGCGGCAGAGCCGUUGUUUGUAGCGUCUUCUCGGUCGCACUCCCGGUGCCGCGGCGAAUUGCCGCGCAGAAGCACAGCGUUUCGGUCGGCCGGCACGUUGGGGUAUCCUCGUUGCGACCGAAUCUUGGAUUUAGUCGAUGUUCGGCACUGCGGGAGUACGGUGGCGAACGGGAGUCGGGAUCAGGUUCCACGGGGUCGAGAAAGGGCUGUCCCGAGCCGGGAAGGACUCCUCCACGAGGAGCCGCUCCACUUUUCCAGGCCGAAUCGAUACAUCGGGAUCCGGCCAGGCGGGGGUUGACCCACGUGUGUACCCGCCGUUCGGUCUCCCUGGACCCUAGGAUAAGGAUCGAACUCGGAGAGGCUCCUUUAAAGGUCUUUAGAAGAGCACGUGGGACGAAGAGACUUCCGCGUUCCUUGGAACAAGGAGAACGUCUUACCCUCUCGAUAAGGCGGAUGGGAAGGAAAAGAGGUGACCAGGAGGUUGAUCCGAAAACUGCUGUUUCUAGCGGGUUUUCAAAGUAAAGAGAUUUUGAGGAAUUGAAAAAAAAAUUUUGAGAGACGGGCUGAUUUCCGGAUGAGGAAAACGUGGAGAGGAAAGGAUUUGGGCGGGGGAACUCUCCUGGGACGAAGGGGGCGGACAGGGUGGACAUAGGUCGGGAACUUAAUCAAAGGAGGGAGGGUAUCCGGAGGAUACUCAAAAGUGUCAAACUUUGACUUAGAAAUUAGCAAUCGGGGUGAGAUCCACGGGUUUUAAUCUUUUCUUUUUCCUGGUCUUAAUUUUUCAUUCGCGAUUCGGUCGAGGGUUUGCUCUUCUUUUUCUCUUCCGUAAACGUUAUAUAAAAUUCACGGGAAGCGCGAACUAUUCUUGAAAUUGUUCCGAAAGGUAGAAAGAGGGGAAGGAGAAAUUCCGAGGGUCGGUAUCCAGGUGAAGAGCAUCCAAAAAGGAGAGCGAGACACGGAAUUAGAUCGCUCGAGUAGCCCAAGACUGGCGAUAGUUUCCGAUAUUUUGUCGCUUCGUUCUGGUCGAUAUCGAAUUGGGUCAAUGCUUCUUCGUAUCUGCUAGGAAUCUCGUAUAUUUGAGUUAGGAGAAACGUAAGAGAUAAUUUGAACAUUUGGCGCUGUUACGUUCGAGUUAGCGAGUGGUCCGAGGCGCUAAAUAUACCGAAGCGCGAGUGCGCGAACCUACCGCGUGGAUUUCGCAACAAAAUAUAAGACCACUCGUGAUAUCCGUAUCGUUUCCAAUUUUUGCUUCUAUUUUCUUCACGGCCAUAAGAAUUAUCAAUGAUUCCUCCUACGUCGUGAAAUUAUGCAUAAUUGUUUUGCUUCGCGAAAGUGCACCCUCCAGCAAUUUGUAUGCAAAUAAAAGUCACAUGUGAUGUGAAUAUCGCAGAAGCGCGAGAAUACUCCAAAUAGUCAGAUUUAUAAUUACUUUUGUCCCCGGGAAUUCUUUCCAAUAAAUUUUCCAGAUAAAGAAAUUAUUAUCGAUAAUUCUUGGGUGGGCGAGAAACACGCGGAAGUUCGCCCGUGAACCUGGAUCGGAUACUUCGGGAGAUCAUUUUUGACGUGACGUUAGAUUACGUCGAGAGGGUGAAAAUACGUUCACGAUACAGGUAGAUUACCUCUUCCGGAUAAGAGAAGUAUUAUCAAAAAUUCUUAUCCCGGGCGAGAGACCAACGGCCAUUUCGACCGAAGAAUCCGCGAACACGUUGGGAGAAGAUAUCCCUCGAUUCGUCGCGACAUCGCGCGGAGUAUACGUGGCGAUCGUUCGAUCGUCGCGCGGAUGAUUCUCGCUAGAAAAAGAGGUUUUAGCAAUGAUUCCGAGCCAGACAUAAAUUAAGCGCCACGCCGCUUGCAAGCUGAUCCCGCGACUUGGGUGUAACGGGCGAUGUGUCAUCCCAAUCGCAUCUCGACCGACGGGAGUCAGAAAAUUGUCCUAGACGGCCUCUCUUAAGAAGUCGAAGAUCUUCGCUCAUUGGAGGGAUUGAUAACGUCGCAUCAAGUGGACCUCUUCCCUCGACUUCGGGAGGAAAUGAAAAAUCUUUAAUCUUUUCAGUUACUACUCGUUCUUUUACCUAAGGUGUGACGACUUUCAAUCAUCAAACAUGCCGAAAAAUCAACCGGAUUACGUGAAAGCCGUCGAGGGCGGGAUUCAGCCCACUCAGGUCGUCGAGACCAAGAUCUACAAGAGGAGAUGGCUCAUCUUGGCGAUCUUCGUCCUGUACAGCGCGAGCAACGCCAUGCAGUGGAUCCAGUACAGCAUCAUCGCUAACCUGGUCAUCCAGUACUACGACGUUUCCAGCUUCGCUGUCGACAUGACCAGCAUGAUUUACAUGAUGACUUACAUCCCGCUCAUCUUCCUCGCCAGCUACCUCCUCGACAAAUUCGGCCUCCGGUUCGCCGCAGUGGCAGGCGCUACCGGAACGGCUUUGGGAGCAUGGAUAAAAGUCUUUAGCGUGGCUCCGGAUCGGUUUUGGGUGACGUUUCUUGGACACACGUUUGCUGCCAUAAGCCAGACGUUUAUUCUCUCCCUACCCGCGAGAUUGGCUGCCGUUUGGUUUGGUCCAGAUCAAGUUAGCAGUGCUUGCAGCAUCGGAGUCUUCGGUAACCAGUUGGGUGUUGCGAUGGGAUUCCUAUUCCCUCCGAUGUUGGUGCAAAGCAGUCCAGACAACGAAGUGAUUGGUCAUGGCCUAAGCGUCAUGUUCUACAUCAUAGCCGCAUUUACAUCCAUCGUCUUGGUUCUAAUUUUACUGUUCUUCAAAGCUGAACCGCCAUUACCACCAAGUCCUGCACAGGCGGCGCAAAGGGACGUAGAAUCCUCCGAGGACUUUCUGCAAUCCAUAAAAAGACUCGUCACCAACGUUGGGUAUCUUUUGCUCAUCCUUAGCUACGCCAUUAACGUUGGGAUCUUCUACGCUAUCAGCACAUUCUUGAACCAAAUCGUGCUCGAGCAUUUCCCGGGUCACGAAGUGGAUGCAGGAAGGAUCGGUUUAACCAUUGUUUGUGCCGGGAUGCUGGGCUCCGUCGUGUGCGGGGUCGUCUUAGACAAGACACACAAGUUCAAGGAGACCACGCUGGGCGUGUACUUGUUCUCGCUCCUAGGGAUGAUCGUCUUCACGUUUACGUUGGACAACGGAAAAAUUUACGUGGUAUACAUUACCGCCGGUUUACUCGGCUUCUUUAUGACCGGCUAUUUGCCAGUUGGUUUCGAGUUGGCAGCAGAGCUGACCUAUCCGGAACCAGAAGGGACGUCGGCUGGACUCCUAAAUGCGGCCACGCAAGUCUUCGGGAUCGCCUUUACGAUGCUCUACGGGUACAUCUUCAGCAGCUGGGGCGACUUCAUCUCGAACAUCGUUCUUUGCAUCUCGUUGGUCCUAGGGACGCUCCUCACCACGAUAAUCCCGAACGAUUUGAGAAGGCAGAACGCUAAACUCUAAACCAUUCGGAGUUGAGUAACGAUAUUCGCCGGUCGAAUCCAUGCCCGGAAAACAGAGAUAUCUCAAUGUGGUGUUCAAAGGGAAAUCGGUAAUUGUGCCAAAACGUUAUAAUGUAUGCGCUUCAUAAUUUAUGCGUGAUUCUAAGCGGUGGUCCAGGCCAAAGGCGGCGCAAGACGUGUGCCAUGAACGGACCGCCGACAAAUAAUGCGUACAUACGUGUAUAUACCCAAAGCCGGUAGCUAUAUUUUAUUGGGGGUUCUUACGAAUCACGAUGUCCGUAACAAAUGGUCUUUAAGGACGAUGGAGCGUUACGAACCCGUUCAUGAGAAUCGAUGCAGAUCUGUGACCGACAAGUACAUAUGUAAACUGACCAUGAGCUUUUCUUUAGACAUUCCGAAUGGAAUUGCAGCGGACAAAAUGCAUCGAGUGAGGGCAAAUAUGUGGAAUCAAUUUAUGUGGAAAAAUAUCUUUGGGUGCCGUAAUGUCGACUCUGAGAUAAUGUUCAAUGAAGCGGAGCAUGUAGAACCAUAUGCAAUAUGUAUGCCUAGGAUUUUUCUUAAUCCUGAAAUAACGUCGACUCAGAAUGAUAUAGAUAUAUCUAAAUAUAUAUAUUUAUGUACAUAUACAUGUAUAGAAAUCGCGAUAUUUUCCUUAAAUAGGGCAAUUUUGCAUAGUGCAGCAGCAAUGUGAUACUACUUGCGAGAUAUCGGUAAGAUGUUUAAAGAGGAACGAGGUACGGAUUUAAACGUGCAUUGUCUCGUGAAAUACAAGGUGCCGAUUUGUGUCUUGAAUAAUUCUUCGAGAGAGAAGCUUGCCUGUAGAUUCGGUCAAACUUUUCCAAGUCUCGAUUUAAAUCGUAAUCAGAAUAAUCAUGUCGGCAAUUUUUAGACGACGUUUCUCCUAGCAUUAUGCGAGACACGAUUUCACGUUGACAACCAUAGGCGGAACCGGUAGAAGACAAUCUUGACCUGAUAAAAUGGCCUUGGGAUGAAUGUUACCCAAAGGCCUCGAUUUUCUGUCUAGACGUAGCGCGUCAAUUAAGGUCCAGACACGUAGACAUAAAAUAUUAAUAUCGUAAUUCAUAAGCCAGCGAUGUCGCAUUAAAGGUCACUGUACAUUUAAAGUUUAUGAACGCCCGAGUAGUUACACGUACAAAAUGAACGACAAAUGAGGAUUUCAGACCUCGGCGACGAGGUCUUCCUACGUUCCUAGUAUUUCGAACAAUUGCGACAUUUUGUAUAAUCAGACAUGCAUCCUCAUCAUGGUACAUUGAACUUUCCAAGUGCGAGUUUAGACGCGACAAUAAGUGAGGGAUCUUGUGACGAAAUUACCGGACUCCAUGUUGCCGGAAUAUUCGUACGUAAUGAGCUGAAUGCAUUUCUGUGACGUAAAUUUGUGACAAGAAUUGCAGAAAUUUUAGUCUUAUGACAAAUUGGACUUUAGAAUAGUAAUCACGUGCAAUAGGAGCUUUCGGUAACACGAUCAUUCCUUGAAAGGACUAUAGGAAGACAAUAACCAAGUAGGGAGAAUUUUAUGGUUUUAACAGGGAGGGACCCAUGUCCAGGAGAAAAUAGUUUUUCUCCUUAUUCGGAUUACAUCUGACGAGAAAAUAAUCUCCCUUCCGAUUUGUAAUGUCCCAGAACACAUAACUCUCGGUUAAAAUUAAUUUAACGAUGCAUUUUUUUAUUAGCAAUCAGUAAUAAGAACUUUACUCAAAAGCGCUACUUUUAAUGAAGGCUUCGGACUCGCGUCAGUCCUAAUAUUAAUUUAUAGAUGUAACAGUUUUGUUAGAUUUUAUCACGAGAUGUAAUAGUUAAAUCGUUGUCGUUAAUUCGAAUUCAUUCUUCCGAUUCGCUGUGUAGGUUUCUAGGCUGAAGUGUUUUUAAUUGCGUUCAGAGUAGACAGAUAGCGGAGUAAUAUUUUGGAUUUGUUAAUUAUGGCUCGACGGAGUGACAAACAUUCAGGGUGUCGUAUGAUGUGAGCAUUAGAAUCGUGUCUUCCAGCUGAGAGAGGAGGGUGGUAAUGUUACAAAUAGGAAAAGCGAGACGUAGACGCGUGGGACCAUGUAUUGCAAUUAUGAAUACAACACGAGGUGUCGAUUUCGUACUUGAAAGGAACGCUUCGUCGAUGCGAUGUGCUUAAUAAAUUGAAGUACACCUGUACCUUCUACAGUUGAUAUUCUAAAAACAGCUAAAAAAUAUUUUUCUAAAAUUUUGUAAAUAUUUACCUAAUCGUUAUCGAAUUUGCAGUGAAAAUUGUUAAGCUAGUAAGUAAAUAAAAUACACAGACGGAGAGUGAUGAGCUCAUUGUUAUUUACAUGGUAUAUUAAUCGUGGAAAUUGAACACAUAGUACGAGAUCGACAUUUCCUCUGUAUAAUUGUUACCAUAUUUAUAUUUUAUAUACCUCCUUCUAAAGAUGGAUUCUAUUUCUUUACGAUUAAACGCAUACGAUGCGAUGCAAGUUGUAUCGCGGUAAUGCGUAAUCCUGAAACGAUUCUAGUUCAAGUGCAUACAGUAAUUGCAUUUCGUAGAUUAAGAGUACGUUACGUAAUUAGUACCGUGUACAGCAAAUUUAAGGUCUGUGAAAUAUUUUGACGUAUCGAAGGAACGUUCAAAGAACAAAGUAGGAAAUUUUGCAAUAUUUUUGUAGACAUAUUUUCCACAUAAAGGUACCUCAAAACAUGGAUCCAUAGGGUGAACGUUUUAUUUUUUAAGCAUUCCGCUCGUCGGAUGAUAUUUUUAUGCCGAUUUUAUAUUGAUACAAAACAUAUUAAGAGGUCCGACCUGUACCGUACAACGUAUCCGAACAAAAUGUGCAAUGCAAAAAGUUGGGGAUAUUCUUCAUUUUAUGUUGUCACGGAUAUGAAAAAUUCCGAAAAUAUAUAUACAGGAGUUGUAAAAGUCUCUUGUCGAUUCUUGAAUGCGUGGAAAUAGCAUAGGCGGAGAUACGUUGUUGUUUGCGCAGUUUUUCAAACCCAUUGUCAUAUCAUCGAUACGUUUAUUGCAUUCCAUACGAUGCGAAUCAUCGAUGAUUCAUCCUAUGCGUAUACGAAUUCAUACGCGAGCUCGGAAAGUACGUCCGAGAAACUCCAUUAACUUUAUCCAUUUUAUUAACAAGACGGAGAGGCAAUAUAUUAAUAAAUUAUAUUUGCGAUAGAAAAGAAGCGUAAAAAUUCAACUGUUCCGAACAGGUAGUUAAUUGUGAGAAAAGGAUGUUAAUAAGUGAAUUGUGACCUCACCGGACUUGUAUAGAGAUAAAUGUUGCAGUAUAAUCGCAAUAAAGAUAUGCGAAUUGACGUAA